UCAAAAACAUCUGCUAUUAAUUUCUUGAUUGAUUUUUAAUAUUUUUUUUAAUUUUUAUUUUUAAUUAUACUUUAAUUUUAUUAUUUGUUUUUUAUUUAUUUAUAUUUUAUAAUGUAUUAGUAGCCCUUUCCUUAUCCCAACCUUCAAUCCCCACUGCCCUGCUCUUGAUUUGUCAGUCCGUUCUUUCCAACUCUAGCCCUCGUCAGUAAUCAUCGCCGCUGCAUCUCUGCCGGAAAGCUCCGAUGGCCUCGUCUCGGCCCUCUCCUGGGAAGCCCCUUGACCUCGACAUCACGAUCGUCUCCGCAAAGCACCUAAAAAACGUGAACUGGCGCCACGGCGACCUCAAGCCCUACGCCAUCUUCUGGCUCGAUCCCGACCACCGCAUCGCCACCAAGCCCGACGACGCCGGUUCCACCCGCCCAGUCUGGAACGAGCGCUUCACCGUCCCCAUCGCCACCCCUCUCCAGGACUCUCUCCUCACCCUCGAGAUCUUCCACUCCAAACCCUCCGAAACACCGAAACCCCUCGUCGGUACCCUUCGAUCGCCCCUCACGGACCUCCUCGGCCUGGAUGAGGCCGCAUCCAACCCGAUCCGAACCCUCGAGCUCCGCCGCCCCUCCGGCCGUCCUCAGGGUAAGAUCCGGAUAAAGCUCACCCUCCGGGAACGCCCUUCGCCUCCUCCUCCCCAAAUCACGCCUCCGCCCAGUUAUUAUUACUCUACUGCCCCUUCGCCGCCUCCUAAUCCGGCGCGCGACUACAGGGAAUACUCUCCUCCUCCACCGUAUGGCACCGCCCAUCCUCCUCCUCCGCCGCCGCCAGCCAACACUUUGCCUUACUCUUACGGCGCUUACUCCGAUCCGUACCAGGGAUACUACCCCGGGUACUACUCGAUGCCGCCUCCACCGCUGCCUCCGCGGCCGUUCUUUGAUCGGACGGCACCGAAUUACAACGUGCCAAGUGGACCAUCGGCGCCGGUUGAUUACUCAUCGUACGAUCACAAGCAGAAGGGUGGUAGUAAGAUGGGCGUAGGCGCGGGUUUGGCAGUCGGCGCCGUUGCCGGGACUCUUGGAGGAUUGGCCUUGGAAGAAGGGAUCAAGUACGAGGAGGAGAAGAUUGCGGAGAGGGUUGAGAGCGAUAUUGCUGCGAGGGACGAUUACAGCAGCUAUCGCAGUGAUUAUUGAAGGGUAUUUGAAAUUCUAGGGUUUUGAGCUCUGGAGUGAAGGUAAAUUUUAAAUAAUCGACGAUGAGUUUAAGGGUUUGCGACCUUGUAUAUAACUUAUGGUCUAUGAUACUUCCAGGGUGUGUGUGUGUAUGUGUGUGUGCGUGCGCCGUUUCUCUUAAUGGUUCUCCAAAGAACAGGGGAGAAAAUUUGGGAUGUGUACUUUCUGCAUUCUGAAGAAUGAAAUUUAGUCUAUGAAAAUUCUUAGCUUUUUCA